UAAGCUGGGGAGAGGGGGGGAGCGCCUGCCCUCGCGUCUGUCCCUCCAGGUGCCCGGCUCCGCGUGCGGGCACUGCAGCUCUGGACAGCUGCAGGGGAGGAUCAGUGCAGAAUGAAAAUGCAGCUCCUGGGGUUGGUGUUCUGUUUGGUCCUUGGGACCUUGCAGUGCGAGGCGUUCAAAGGGAAGCUGGCAGCUGUGGAUCCCGAAACAAAUAUGAAUGUGACUGAAAUUAUCUCUUACUGGGGAUUCCCUAGUGAGGAACACUACGUUGAGACAAAAGACGGCUAUAUUCUCUGCCUUCACCGAAUCCCUCAUGGGAGGAAGAAUCGUGCUGACAAAGGUCCUAAGCCAGUUGUGUUCCUGCAGCAUGGCCUGCUGGCCGAUUCCAGUAACUGGGUCACAAACCUUCCCAACAACAGCCUGGGCUUCUUCCUGGCGGACGCGGGUUUUGACGUGUGGAUGGGGAACAGCAGGGGAAACACCUGGUCUCGGAGACACAAGACUUUAUCCCCUUCUCAGGACGAAUUCUGGGCUUUCAGUUAUGAUGAGAUGGCAAAUUAUGACCUAUCAGCUUCCAUUAACUUCAUUCUGAAUAAAACCGGCCAAGAACAAGUGUAUUACGUGGGUCAUUCUCAAGGCACCUCAAUAGGUUUUAUAGCAUUUUCACGGAUUCCCGAGCUGGCCAGAAAGAUUAAAAUGUUUCUUGCCCUGGCUCCUGUGGCUUCAAUCAAGUUCUCUACUAGCCCUCUAAAUAAAUUAGGAGGCUUUCCAGAUUUUCUCUUCAAGGUACUUGAACUCUCCCCAACCCCCCCUUGAGCCCCACCAACAACA